GAUUCUAUCAUUUACACUAAAACAUAUGUAUUGUGUUAUUGUGCUAUCUACUAAGUCUUCCUAUAUCGCUGCUGAUAUACAAUAAUGACAGUAUUGGUACGAUCUCUCAAGCUCGUAUUGUAAGCACAUCUUCUCCAAUGCCAAAGAGCAGUUCAUCUGAUAGAGUUCGUGCAGUCAUAUAUUUAAAUAUAAACGCGGUAUAUACAUCCACACAAAGAAAUUAGAAAUGGCACGUAUCCAUGUCAACUUGGAAAUGAACAUGAAUUCACAAAGUAUCAAAUCACAGUCACAUACGUGCAUAGCCCUGGCAAAAAGAUAGAUUCAAGGCACGAUAAGGCUGUGAACUCAAAGCCCCAGGUGAGAGCAAUGGACUACCAAUCAACUAAACGCCAUCGACAACGCAUGCGGUCCAAUACAAACCUUCCAUCGGCAAUUACCUCAAAAGUACGCCACGAGUUGAACGUGUUGUUCCACACAGAUUUCAGGGUCAUAAAUAUUUUCCACAUUUUGUAAUUUCAAAGACCCCCCUUCGAGACUACUGACUUCCUCGAGGCUGUUAAAAUCAAUCCAUUAUAUUUUGUGUAUUAUUUUCUUGCGUGUAUAAUAAGACAUACUUUAACACACCUUUCGGCAUAGUCGUAAGAAGGAUCAAAAAUAGAAGAAAUUAUCAAACGAAAUUGUCGAUUGGAGGGGUCCUUCAAGGACGAUUAGCUACGUUUGGACUGUCGAUGGGUGGAUUAGAGCGAUGUCGUUCGGAGACGAGUCGCUACAUUCCGACUUUUUACAGACGGGCUAAAAAUAUAUGUUUCGGAGACUAUUCGCUAUGUUUGGACUGUCGACGGGUGGAUUGGAAAGAUCUAGCUGAGCGACCGCUGCCACCAGAAUUUGCCCGUCAACGACCUUAUACCGAUGUUCGCAGUGAUACUCCAGUGCGUUUCGUUCGGAGUCUGGAUGAGAGUUACAACGAGCUGGAAUAUUCAAAGUGUAGAGGUUGUCGGACUCUUUCCAUCUUAAAAGAUGAGUAUAGGAUCAACGGUUUCGAUCUCGAUCUGAUGGGUGUCCACAAACUUUUAGUCACGACCCUUGAAAGCCAAGUGGCGAUUAAACCCCCGGUAUUCCCUCAAGAAAGUCUUGCACUUCUACAAAUUAUCAGUUGGUAUGAAAGUAGGGGUAUACCGCGUUAUUCGGAGGGCAAUCGAUAUAUUGCGCUGCUUGGUCCCGGAAAAGACCCCGCACACUUCAAAAUCCCACUAUUCAUCGAUAAUUUUACUUGGAUACGAGACGCCAUCUCAGAAUGUUGCCAAAAGCAUGCGGAUUGCCUUAGUACACAAUCGCUGUUUGUGCCUGGACUUCUUUUCAUUGACUGUCUGGCUGAUUCUACGACCAUUUCGCUCGUUUCCGCGCCCAAAUCAACUCAUUACGUCGCUUUGUCUUACGUUUGGGGAGGUGUACACACCACUAGCACCGAAGUACCAGCUGUGAUCAAGGACGCCAUUAAGGUCACCGUGAAGCUAGGUCUAAGGUUUCUUUGGGCUGACAGAUAUGUGAGUUGCCAACCAGACCUUCGUAGUUCAAGAAUCGCUAAAGAAUCAAUAUAGUGCAUUCCGCAGAAUGACUCAGAUAAACACCGACUGAUCCGUUCCAUGGAUGAAAUUUAUUCUAAGGCUCAUGUAACUAUAAUUGCAGCCGCUGGAAAGACGGCUGCUGAUGGACUGCCUGGAAUAAAUACUAUUCCUCGUAUAGUCCAGAUGGAGACCAAAGUUAGUGGAUGCACCUUUUUAGAGCUGCCGUCCAUUCUCGACUCUAUCAGGGCAUCCACCUGGGCACAGAGAGGCUGGACGUACCAAGAGGGUCUACUAUCAACACGGUGUCUUGUUUUUACUGACAGAGGAGUGCUGUAUCACUGCAGAGGCAGAUACUGUGAAGAAUCUGUGCAGCAGCUUACCCCUCCUAAUGCAGCAGCAUUCAUGCGCGAUUAUCAUCUUCUGCAAACACUUUUUGCACCCACACUGAGAGAAUAUACCCAGCUCCAAGACCGAAUUGUUGAGUACACUCGACGAAACCUAUCCUACCCCCAAGAUUCCCUCGAUGCCUUCCUUGGUGUCUUUGCGGAGUAUGAACGACAAAAAACAACACCGAUCUCUCCGUGCUCGGAAGCACCGUCAACUAUGAGCUCGGCUUCGCGCAUUGCUUCCCUUCCCAGUCACAUCUGGGGGUUGCCUCUUGUAACAGGCAUCACAAUGCUAGAUUGGCAGCAUCUAAAUUGUCCUAAACGAAGAAGAAUAGAUUUUCCUAGUUGGUCAUGGUCUGGAUGGGAGGGGGGUAUCAAGUUUAGGGAUGAAUUUGAUUCCAGUGCAUAUAGUUCCACCGACUCGAAAUACGCACCGAUACUUCUCGAGUUUCCAGACAACUUGAUCGAUCCCUGCGAUCAGAAAACAAGGCGUCUUUAUGUGACGGGCCCAAUGGUCACACUCAAGUUCGCCACUCAAAAACAAACCCAAAGUAUUGUUGACGGCGACAAGCAAUCACGGGGAACUGGCAAGUUUCUAAACCUAGAUGUCCAGACCUCAGACCACCAUGUCGUAUUUGAGGUUUCCCCGGGCUUGUUCGCCGUAACUCACUCAAAGCUGUACAUGGAGCCUGAAGUGGAUGAUCAAAUAUUUGGUCUUCUUGUUGCCGAAAAAGACAAAAAAUAUUAUUUUGAUAGUGAGGAUUCUUUUAGUAUUCGCAGCGUAAUAGUUCUCCGAAAAAGCGAUCAAAGUUUCACAAGGAUCGGCUGCUUGGGGAUAGAAGCACUGUUGAGGCCUAUAUUCGUCAACGUUGAGGGAGCUUUAAUUGCUGAGGAAACGUUGCCUUCAAAAUUCAAUUAUGAAUUUUAUCUUGCUCAAAAAUGUACAAGGCAGCGUAUCUGUCUCGAGUAAAGUGCCACACGAAAUCGAGUUUAGAGAAUAUCAAGUAUUAUCAUAAGGGAGCUUGAACCAGCUCCUACUCUUCCAUUGACAAGAUGGGUCGACUCGUCCAAAUUUGCUCACUGGUGUGAGCCGGAGUUGGAGUGGAGACUUCAAAGUUUCUGGCUUGCCGUUGCAAACUAGUAUCCGACGAAGAGUGCAGAGGUUCCCAUUUGUACUUGUGUAUACAAACAGGAAUCUUCCAUAUCCAGCCAGAAAGUGAUAGUAUGAGAUCCGUAUCAGCAGGAUCGCAUGAUAUAAUCCCAUACACAGGGAAUCAAACGCCUUGAUAUCCUAAUUAGUUGGUGCAACUUUCUGCCCAAUUCCUCUUACCUUGAGCCAGUAAUACCGACUGGUUGUCUUCAGCGUGCCGUUGAGAAAUACGUUGAUUGAAAUCUACUGCGUGUUUCUCGACACAAAAGCAACCCUAAGGUUAAGUGAGGAAGCUUAAGUUGCGGUUGCGAUUUCGUGAUACUGUGGUACAAAAUGCACACAUCCAUCAUCA